AACUUAAUGAGCCCCUAAAUCACAUAUUAGUUGGCACAUGAUAAUAACGAACUACGUAAAUGAUCUAGCUUAGUUUUAGUCGAUACCUGAGAUAAGAUUCGCACGCCGGGAUCUUGAAUUACUUACCUACGCACUACACAUUGAACUGACCCAGUUUGACUGUCCAGGGUGAAUCCAUGAAGGGAUUAUCCUACCUUUGAAAUGAACUUGCGAUAGAACCACGUGAACAAUUCAAGUCGGAAGCGAGCGAGAACCACUUCUUGUUGGACAAUUCAAGGUGAAAUCAAAGCAAGCAAGUCAACAAAAGAAACUAGCCAUUUAGAAACAUGAAGGCUGCGUUGAUGGCCAUGGUUCUGGCUUUCGCUCAUUGCGGAGCACAAGUGAAAAUAACACCUUGGAAGUACAAAUGUGAUGAGUACAGGCGAUGUGUCCGCACAGGUUUGAAGACAUCGGAUUCGGAUUUGGGCAUGGCAGAGUGUCAAUUGACAUGCGAUGACUUUGCCAUGCUUUGGCCUCAUCCCAAAUCAGCCCAAAUGGGGAAAACUGUGUCCACUGUGGAUCCAACGAAGAUUUCUUUUCAAAAAAUACAAUAUAACAGAACUUACAUUCCUAUGAUUGACAUGAUCGAAGAGAAUAUCAUUGAACAGACCCGUUGGAUGGAGUUGAAGGCCAACGGAGAGGCGCCAAGUCCGUCCGUGAAUGAGAUCCAGAUCAACUAUUUUGGCGGUGUGCCUUCGAAGAAACCCAAGAUUGCCAGGGAUACGAAGGAAGCUUACACUCUGAGGGUGUCGAAGGUGGGCUCAAUAAUCAUUGCCAAUAUCACGUCCACUGAAUAUUUUGGAGCCAGACACGCUAUUGAGACAUUGUUCCAACUGAUCGAGUUUGACGAGGUCAAAAACAGCUUCAUCAUUUUGGACGAUGUGGAGAUUGAGGAUGAACCGGAAUUCACUCACCGAGGGAUCUCCGUGGACACAUCUCGCAAUUUCAUCUCAGUGGAAGUCCUGAAACGGAUCAUUGAUGGGAUGGGUGCCAGCAAGUUAAACGUCUUCCAUUGGCACAUCGUUGAUACUCACAGUUUCCCUGUGGAGCUUAAGGCCAGCCCCGUGGACCAACUGACCCAAUAUGGCGCUUACAAUGCUCGAAGCAUUUACACUCAAGAUCAAAUCAAGGACAUUGUUGAGUAUGCCAAUUAUCGUGGGGUUGAAGUGAUCCCUGAGUUUGACCAACCGGCUCACGUGGGUCAUGGGUGGGACUUUCCCGGGGCUGAAAACUUCACAGUGUGCUUGGAUGCCGAACCUUGGUACAACUAUUGUGUGGAGCCCCCUUGCGGUCAAUUGAAUCCUGGCGAGCCCCAAAUCUACGAUAUCUUGGAAGGGGUAUACAAAGAGUUCCAUGACAUGUUCCAAUUUACCACCUUCCACAUGGGAGCCGACGAGGUUUUCUUCCCAUGUUGGAACUCCAGCACUUUAGUGACGGAUUACAUGGCACAAAUUGGCCUUGGAAACCAGGAGAAAGAUUUCGUCCAAUUGUGGAGCGAGUUCCAAGAGAAAUCCAGCGCUCGACUCAAGAGCGUUUAUGCGGAUCAAGAUCAAACGGAAGUGCCCUUGAAAAUCAUUUUGUGGACAAAUCACCUGACCCUGCCUGAGAAUCUUGAAAAUCUUAGCCCAGAAACUUACACUAUUCAAAUCUGGCUCAACGGAUCUGACACAUCUGAUUUGUCCAUUGCUGCUCUGGUCCACGAAAAAUUUGAUUUAAUUUUCUCUAAUUACGAAACCACCUACUUGGAUUGUGGGUUUGGUGCUUGGAUCGGAGAAGGCAAUAAUUGGUGCUCCCCUUAUUCAGGCUGGCAGGAGCAGUAUGAGAACGACCUCUACAAACUGGUUGAGCUUCAUGGAUUUGAAUUAAACGAUGAAAUCAAGAAUCAAAUUUUGGGUGGAGAGACUGCCAUUUGGUCCGAACAGGUGGAUGACACCAUGAUUGAGGGCAAGAUCUUUCCCCGGGCCGCUGCCUACGCUGAGCGCCUUUGGUCCGAUCCCCAAACCAAAUGGUACCAAGCAGAGCCAAGAAUGCUCAACCAUCGACUUCGUUUGGUUCAGAGGGGCGUUCGAGCCGCCCAACUCCAACCGGAAUGGUGCCGAUUGAACGAGGGUCAGUGUUAUGGAACUGAGGAUGAUCCCAAUGUUAGACCUGAGAUUUCAACCCCACAAGAUCCCAUAAAAACGAGCCAAACCGACGAGGUCAUCACUGCAGGAAGCUGUACAACCGGUCAGAGUCACAUUGGAAUCGCUCUCGUCGUUUCCCUUGUCAGUUUGUUCGCAUCCAUUCAAAUGCAUUAAAAAGAUUCAUUCACCAUGA